AUGGAUCUCACCAGCAUCACCUGCGCCGCGCUCCUGGCACUGCUGGUGGUGGCCCUCGUGGUGUUGGCGCAUCGCUUGGGGCUCCUCUACCAGCUCUUCCAUAAGGUGGACCCCCAAAGCCCUCGGCACGGAGGGGAGCUGGUGGCGGAGGUGCUGAAGGCUCAUGGUGUCCGCUUCCUCUUCGCCCUGGCUGGUGGUCACAUCUCCCCUGUCCUGGUGGCCAGUGAGAAGAUCGGCAUCCGUGUGGUGGACACCAGGCAUGAGGCCACCGCGGUCUUCGCCGCUGAUGCCGUCUCCAGGCUCUCGGGUCGCAUCGGUGUCGCCGUUGUCACCGCGGGUCCUGGUGUCACCAACACGGUGACGGCCGUCAAGAACGCCCAGAUGGCCGAGUCCCCGUUGCUGCUCAUCGGGGGUGCAGCCGCCUCCCUGCAGAAGGGUCGAGGAGCUCUGCAGGACAUUGACCAGCUCUCGCUCUUCAGGACCCUCUGCAAAGUGACCACCUCCGUGCGAACCGUGCGGGACAUUGUCCCCACGCUCCGCAAAGCCAUCGCCACCGCGCAGUCGGGGACCCCUGGACCUGUCUUCGUGGAGCUCCCCAUUGAUGUCCUCUACCCCUUCCAUGUGGUGGAGAAGGAGAUCGGUGGCACCAAGAGUGCCCGGGGGCUGCGGGGAAAGGUGGUUCAAUGGUACCUCCAAAACUACAUCCGGAACCUCUUUGCCGGUGCCUGGGACCCCAGGGAUGUGUCCCCAUUGCCAGUGAAGGUGCCGUUGGCCACCGAGGAUGAG